AUGAGGAACAGACGAAGGCGAAUGAUGGUCAGAUAUCUUGUUUUUAUGAUCGCCUUGUUUUUGUUUGCAACCUGUUCUUUAUUAUCUCUUCAGUACAAUCAUAUUGCGAAUGAAAUGGAGAAAAAUGCAAAACCAUUUCUUGAUUUGUAUGGGCAUGAUCCUCCAAUUGUAUCGCCAGAUUAUGUAAAACUUGAUCAAAUUAAAGAAGCUUUCCGAUAUGCAUGGAAUAGCUAUAAAAGACUCUGUUGGGGCCAUGAUCUUCUAAAUCCUUCAACAGGAAAGUGCGAAGACACUUUGCACGGAGGAUUAACAAUAGUUGAUAGCUUGACUAGUCUUAUUCUGAUGAAUUUAACUGAAGAAUACAAAGAAGCGAGAAAUUUUGUCGAAACAAAAUUUUCAUUAAAAGGAACAUGGACUCCAUUUGAGUUUAUUAUUAGAUAUUUAGCAUCAUUUGAAUCUGCAUAUCAACUGACCAAUGACACUUUGUAUCUAGAGAAAGCACAGCUCUGCAUGGACUUAGUUUUUGAUUUGAUUGAUAAUAACGGAAAUUUCUAUGAUGUUUUUACAAUUACUAAUAGAGAUGGCGAGAUGAAAACAACAAGGAACUACGGAGAAACAACUCUUGCUCUGAUUGGCACUUUGCAAUUGGAAUUCCUAACAAUGACCGCCAUAACUAAAAACACAAGUUAUGUUGGCAAAGCAUUUUUAGCUUAUAGAAGAUUGUUCUCAAUGUAUUCGAAGUCAGGCUUCAUAUAUGACUUAAAUGAAUAUAAACCAGAUGGAUUUAUUAAGAUAGGAGAAGAAUCUGAUUCAUUCUACGAAUAUAUCCUGAAAACAUAUUUCUUGUCUGGUGGAAUAUCUUAUGAAUUGUUUAAUCGUCAUCUUAUGUUUAUGGAUGAUGUCAGAAAGAACCUUGUAAAUAUACAAGGAAACAUGGAUAUUUAUUAUAUAGGUACUAAUCUCAAGGGCAUAAGAUUCCCUCAUGCUUCUCACCUUUCUGCUUUCCUUCCUGGAAUGAUCACCAUGGGAACAAUCAUCGCAAAUUCUCAUGCAAGAGAUGAUUUUGAAUUGGCAACAAAUUUGGUCGAAGGAUAUGUGAAGACUGCGAAUUUGAUGAAGACUGGUUUGCUUCCUGAAGAGUUCGAAUAUAAAUAUGGAAAUAGAACUAAGAAAUAUGUAGAAUGCUCGAAUGCAAAUUAUCAUUUAAGACCUGAAGUUAUUGAAUCUAUUUAUUAUUUGUGGAAAAUGACAGGUGAUGAAAAGUAUAGAGAAUAUAAUUGGGAAUUCUUUAAGAAAAUUAAUACUACUUGCAGAAUGGAGAAUGGGUUUAGUCCAAUAUCAGAUGUAGAUGGUAAUUAUUCGUACAUCGGAAAUAUGGAAUCUUAUUUCUUCUCUGAAACUCUGAAAUACUUGUUUUUAACAUUUUCGGAUUCAUCAUAUAUGCCAAUGACUGAAUGGAUAUUCAAUACUGAAGGUCAUCCGUUCAAGAAAUGGAAUGAUCUCCAAAGAAGAGAUUACAGAGAUUUCAUGCUUUAA